AUGGAGUGCAGCGGCCAGGUGACACCCCAGCUGAUGCUGGCUGUGGGGACAGCUGUGAUUGGCUCUCUGCAGUUUGGCUACAACACAGGCGUCAUCAAUGCUCCUCAGAAGACCAUCGAGAGCUUCUACAAUGAGACAUGGACAGGCAGGCACUCAGAGUCCAUCUCUCAGACCACUGUAACAGCUCUGUGGUCGCUCUCUGUGGCCAUCUUCUCUGUGGGAGGAAUGUUCGGCUCCUUCUCCGUCGGCCUCUUUGUCAACCGCUUCGGCAGGAGGAACUCCAUGCUGAUGGCCAAUGUGCUCGCCGUUAUCGCUGCUGUGUUGAUGGGCUUCUCCAAGCUGGCUGCUUCCUUUGAGAUGCUCAUCAUUGGACGUUUCAUAGUGGGUCUCUACUCCGGCCUCUCCACCGGCUUUGUUACCAUUUAUGUUGAGGAGAUCUCACCCACAACUCUCCGCGGAGCAUUAGGCACUCUGCAUCAGCUUGGUGUAGUGAUCGGCAUUCUUAUGGCACAGAUCAACUGGCUCCUGAUGGUCCCAUUCUCUGAGUUGGGAAGUUGUUCUUCCGACUUCGUUCUGGUGAAGCUGCGGGGCACUGAUGAGGUGAGCGAGGACAUGCAGGAGAUGAAGGAGGAGAGCCAGCAGAUGAUGAGGGAGAAGACGGUGACCAUCCCUGAGCUGUUCCGCUCCCCCAACUACCGCCAGCCUAUCUUUGUUGCUGUCAUGCUGCAACUCUCACAGCAGCUGUCUGGAAUCAACGCUGUGAUUUACUACUCGACUGGGAUCUUUGAGCGAGCUGGUGUGUCCCAGCCCGUCUAUGCAACCAUUGGUACAGGAGUGGUCAACACUGUCUUCACUGUGGUUUCUCUGUUUGUAGUGGAGCGUGCGGGCAGGAGACCUCUUCACCUGGUUGGUUUGAUGGGCAUGGCAGUCUCAGCUGUUUUUCUAACUGCUGCCUUGGCACUGUUGGACCAUUUCCACUGGAUGUCCUUUGUCAGCAUAGCGGCAAUCUUCAGUUUUGUGGCCUUUUUUGAAAUCGGCCCCGGCCCUAUUCCCUGGUUUAUCGUGGCCGAGCUCUUCAGCCAGGGGCCCCGGCCCGCUGCCAUCGCAGUUGCUGGUUUCUCUAAUUGGUCAGCCAACUUCUUAGUGGGGAUGUGCUUUCAGUAUGUUGAGCUACUCUGUGGCCCCUACGUCUUUGUCAUCUUCACUGUCCUGCUACUCGGCUUCUUCGUCUUUACCUACUUCAAGGUGCCAGAGACCAAGGGCCGCAGCUUCGACGAGAUCGCAGCGGGCUUCCGACAGUCAGGUGGUCAGGGUGCCGACAGGUACUCGGCCCCUGAAGAGUUCAACACCCUCCGGGGGGAUGACCCCGACCUUUGA